UGAGUGUUUCUAAGGAACGGAGCGUUGGGUCCUUUUCAGUGCUGCUGCUUCUACUACUCUCUCUCUCUCUCUCUCUCUCUCCCCUCACACACAAGCAGAUUGAAGAAGAUGUCAGGAAGAAGAAGAGUUUCUGAUUCUUCCAUUAUUGGACGAAGAAUAAUUGCUGAUCAUAAUUGUCAAAAAGGUACAAUAUUUCCCUCAUUCUUAUUUCAUCUGUUUCGUUCUCUCUCUAACACCUCCACAAGCCCUACUUCUCCUCCUCCUCCUCUUCCUGCUGCUGUUGCUGUAAUACCCAAACAACGAUGCAAUUCGGGUCCCAAUGAUCUUCAAUCUGCUUUAAUUUCGUUCAAUCGCAUGCUCCAAAUGCGACCUUUGCCCUCCAUUUCUCAAUUCAACAAAGCUUUAGGGCCUAUCACCAAAAUGGGUCAUUACGACAUCUCUCUUUCUCUUAUUCUGAACAAGCUGCUACAGUUCCACGGCAUUCAGCUCAAUAUCUACACCUUCAACAUUGCUAUUAACUGUUGUUGCCGCCUUAAUCAAGCCCAUUUUGGCUUCUCUCUGUUAGGUUCCCUCUUCAAACGUGGUUAUACACCUACUGCAACAACCUUCACAACUCUGAUUAAUGGACUUAUUUUGGAAGAUAAAACCCCUGAAGCUGUAGAGUUAUUUAAGAAAUUAAUCACAACUAGAGAAAUUGAACCAGACUUGGUUAUGUAUGGAACCAUUGUUAAUGGGCUCUGCAGAACCGGGAACACUAUCAGGGCUGUUAGUUUGCUUAGGAUAAUGGAAGAGGGAAGUCAUAAACCUGACACCGUAGUGUAUACCACGAUCAUUGACAGUCUUUGCAAGGAUAGAAUGGUGGAUGAUGCUGUCAAGCUCUUUACAGAAAUGGAUGAACAAGGCAUUCGUCGAGAUGUUAUCACUUAUACCUCUUUGAUUCAUGGCCUAUGUAAUUUCGGUCGGUGGAAAGAGGCUACCGAAAUGUUAAUAGAAAUGUUGGAUAGUGGUAUUGUUCCGAAUGUUCAUACAUAUAGUGUGUUGGUGGAUGCAUAUACCAAGGAAGGGAAGAUUAAAGAGGCAGAGGGGGUCCUUGAAGUCAUGAUGCAAAGAGGUGUGGAUCCUAAUGUAGUCACAUACAGUACUCUAAUGGAUGGAUAUUGUUUGCAAGGCCACAUGGAUGAAGCGAUCAGAGUGUUCAAUACCAUGGUGGAUAGGGGCCUUCACCCUAAUAUUUUUGGCUAUAACAUUCUAAUCAAUGGAUAUUGCAAGAACAUGAAAAUAGAUGAGGCCAUGCAUCUCUUUCGAGAAUUGCCUCAAAGGGGGUUGAAACCCGACAGCGGAACUUUCAACACUAUGUUACAAGGUUUGUUUCGAUCGAGUAGAUGUGGAGCUGCUCAGGAACUUUUUAAUGAGAUGCAAGUUGUAGGCAUAAUUCCAAAUUCUCAAACUUAUGGUAUCUUAUUGGAUGGGUUGUGCAAAAAUGGGCAUAUUUCUGAAGCAUUGUCAUUAUUCCACAUGAUGGAAAGCAACGGUUUACAUCUUGAUGUUGUUAUGUACAGUAUUCUCAUUGAUGCAUUCUGCACAGUUAAAAAGCUUGAUAGUGCAAGGGCCCUUUUCAGUGAGCUUUCUUCCAAGGGAUUACAACCUAAUGUUAAGACAUACACUAUGAUGAUACAAGGUCUUUGUGAAGAAGGCCUACUACACGAAGCUAAAGAGUUGUUUGUUAAAAUGGAACAGAAUGGUUGUUUGCCAGAUGGUGUCACUUACAACACUAUUAUCCGAGGAUUUAUUGGACAACACAAGUGCUAUGAGGCAUUAAUACUCGCUGAGGAAAUGGUUCAAAGGGGUUUUUCAGCAGAUGCAUCCACUUUUCCCUUGAUCGUCGAUAUACUCUCAACUAAAGGACAAGAUCCUGCUCUCCAAGAAGUGAUAAAGAAGUUCGUGCCCAAAGAUAGUCAUGGAAUGCAAGAGAACAAGUAAAUUUCUUAAGCUGUGAAGAUGCAAAAGAGCUAUAAAAUUUUGAUUAUGAGCCUUAAUUGAUUAAAAUGAAGCAAAUGCAAUCUAUGGGAAGAAGAUAAAGGAUAGGCUGGCCUUGUUGAUCAACCGAAGACAAGCUCUAAAAAUCACUUCUUCCACUUAAUUCUUCAAGAAAUAAUUGUAAUGUCCUUAAAAUGUUCUACGGUAUAUGUUGCACUGGAGAAAAAGGAUAGGUUCAAGUAUUUGUUUUCUUUCCGUGAUCCUGAGUAUGACAAAUAAUAUUUACUAUGAAAAAAAAUAAGGUAUUGACAUUUUGAUUGUAGAUACACUCGAGGCAUAAUUGUUUUUUUCUGCAGAGAUUGAAAUCCAAUUCUAGUCAAUUUUGUGUGCUAUUAGAACAAGUCCAUAAAUGUACAAAAUUGAUGAUGCAGGACGAGCAGGGAUCAUUUUCCCACAAGUAGUGAGCCCAGGUUAAGCAUACUGAUAGCAGCAACAAUAGACUUAUAUGGCUGGAUUUAGUGGGAUUUUGUGGCUGCAAGAGUAUUUAAAAAAUAGGAGUUUAAGGGUUUGAAAAAGGUAGGGUUUUGGGAAUUAAAACACAAGUGUUUAAAGGCAGUUGGAUGGCUGUUCUAAGCAUUGUGAACAGUGACGUGAACAAUAACCUUGCUGGAGAGAGAGGGGGGUACUUCAUCCUCACAAAGGAUAGGCCAAUCACACAAAUACAAUCUCAAAUUUUCAUAAUAUUAACUCUUCUGUUGAAUCAUUGAGAUUAUACAUAUAUUUAUAAGCUAAUGACUCUCAACUUCUAAUAUUCUAAACCAACUAUGACUUCCAAUUCUACUUCAAUCAUAAUAAGAAACUUUAAUUACUUUUAAUUCUACUUCAAUAUCAAAAUAGGAAACUUGGUCUUUUAACCACUAAGAUUAUUAUAUAUAAUAAAUCACAUGUAAUGACCCAUUUAAUAAAUUAACCCAAAAUAAAACCCAUGGGCAAUUCUACAACCCAUGUCCAGCAAUAUUGAAAUUACUAUAAUACCCUUAGCUACUAAACACUACCAUGGACACUUUUAUUUGGACCAAAAAGGCUUCUUGACGAUCUUAGGACCUUUAGACUUUGUGUUGGGCUUCCACAGCCUACCGUACUUAUUUUGCCAUGCAAUAGAUGUUGCAUCAAUUGAUCUCUCGCUUUUUGUGCUAAUAAGAACAGAGAAAACAUUUCUUGAAAAACAUAGGUUUCUGUUUGGUAGUGGUUUACAAAUUAGUAUUAAGGAUUCUCCCAUCUCAACAUGCCACUGGUUGCUGUAAGAGAUUGUAAAUGUAUGCCCUGUUUAUAGUUGUUAGGGAUAAUUCUUAUGAAUAUAUUUGAUCCCAAAUCCCUCUGUUUGCAACCUGUCCCCACCAAAAAGGGAAAAGUGGAAGAAGCAAAUGUACAGGCUUACCCUAUUGAUCAACCAGCAACAAACUCUGAAAAUUUACUUCUUUCACUUGAUUCUUAAAGAGAUAAUUGUAAUGUCCUCAAGAACAUCCUAUAGUGCAUGUAGCAUUGGAGAAAGAGGGUAGUUUCAGGUUUUUGUUUUCUUUCCUUGGUCCUCUAGCCGUGACAAAUGAUAUUUCCUACUUGUGCAAGAAUAAAACAAAAGAAAAUAAAAAGAAAAAAGGGUAAUGACAUUUUGAUUGUAGCUACACUAAAGGCAUAUCAAAUUAGACAACCACCUGUUUUUUUUGUAGAGAUUGAAAUCAAAUUCUAGUGUAUAAUAUUUGCAUGAACUUGUGUUGAGUCUUGAUGAAUUUGUUGUUGAAGUGAGACCUUUGCAUGUUAAGCAGUCUCUACAACCAAAUGUGCACUCCAGAAAACCAACUUUAAUAUGUUUUAGCUUGGAUUGAUGCACAAAACUACCUAUCAAUGGAAAAAGUAAAUAUGAAAGUCUCAUGGCUAGUCUAUUUUGUAUCAUCACCCUUCUAUUUUUCACCUAGUUCAGCAAAUACACUGACUUGUUCGUUACUUGAAAUUUUUCAACAAGCAAAGCCAUACCUCAUCUAUUAAGUGAGCUUCAUGAACCCAUUAUUUCAAUUCUUAGAUUGGUUGUACCUGAUGACUAGUUGUGAACUAGUAGCCCUGUGGUGGAUUGUAAACAAUAUGCACCUUCUGAUCUCCUUAAUCCUGGCUCUUUUUGGCAUUUCCUCGUCUUUUGUAUUGCAUUUGGUUUGAACUAUGUUACUAGUUAUAGGUGAUAAAGACCAGAAAGUGUGGCCUAUUUGUUCUAGGGAUGAACAAAUGAGAAAAACAAGUGAUCUUUAUUAGCCACCCUUUUGACUCAGAACUAGUGGACUUCAUGCUAAACUCCUGUAUGUUUGUUUGUAAUUGCAAAUAUGCUAGUCUUCUUCUUCAUUCUCCACUAGGAGAUUGCCAUGUUCAAUGCACAUGCUCACUUGAUACUUCAUUAAAUAUAGAUGCAGCUACCACCUGAAAACAUACGUCUAU